UUGCCUAAAAAUGAUCUCAUCGGUCGAGGCGAGGAGAAGGAUUUUGUUAUGCAGUGGUUGAGGAAGCCAACAAAUGAAGAUCCAACUCAUAUUGCUAGCCCUACUCUGUACAAAAACAUCUCUCUUCUAUCCAUAGUGGGUCAUGGUGGCAUGGGCAAGACAACUCUCUUACAACACAUCUAUGAAGAUCUUAAAGAAGAAUUUGAACUGAAAAUGUGGGUUUGUGUUUCCAACGACUUUGAUGCAAAAAAGGUCAUAGCCGAUAUGUUGGAUAUUCUUACCAAGGAGAGACCUCGUUUGGAGUCACCGCUGGCUGUUCUUCAAGAGAGACUUAAAGCUGUCGUGCAAUCCAAAAGGUUAUUGCUUGUUCUGGAUGACAUUUGGGAAGAAGAUAUGAGCAAAUGGGAGAAUGUACUCUGCCCUCUAGUUUACGGAGGUUUGGGAAGUAAAAUUUUGUUAACUACCCGGAUGGAUACAGUUGCAUUGGCGAUUUCAAAUGUGAUUAGUAAGAAUAAAGAAAUUUAUCCAUUAAAGGGCUUAGAGGAAGAUGUGUGUUUGAAGCUACUCAACACCCAUGCAUUUGCAGGUGCGGAGAACCUUUGGGCUCAUAAAAAAUUAACAGACAUUGCUAGUUCGAUAGUUAAAAAGCUUUCAGGCUCUCCAUUGGCCGCAAAGGUCAUUGGUGGUGUUCUCAAUUCUAACUUGACUGAGAGCUUUUGGAUGAAAAUUUUAGAAAGUAAUGUUCUAAACUUGGAAGAUAUUGGAGGAAGGUAUUUUGUUGUUUUGAUCAAAAAAUCUUUCUUUGAUGAGUUUCAGUAUGGUGAGAGAAUAUACUAUAAGAUGCAUGAUUUAUUACAUGAUUUGGCACGCUCUAUUUCUUCAGAGGAAUGUUUCGGAUUUGUGGGAGAUGAUUUUUCAUCAUUUAAAGUUCCUAAAAAUGUUCGACACUUAUUUGUUAAAACUGAAAAUCCAGAAGUGUUGAGAAAGAUUAAAGAUGUUAAAAAUCUACAUUCAUUUUUUUGGAUGACCGAUGAUCAAGAUUUUACUGAAAUACUUACUGAAAUUUUUGAAGCAUCGAGAAGGAUUGGUUUGUUGUUCAUACACUCUCCAUGGCAAGAAAAAAUGUCUGAGGCUAUUAAAAAUUUAAGACAUCUUCGAUACUUGAAUCUUACUGCACGUCUCACUCAUAUGCCAAGAUCUCUAAGCAGUCUUUAUCAUUUGCAGUUCAUAAUCUAUAACAAGUCAUUGGGAUCUUGCUCCGAUGAUUUCUUGCCUGGCAAUGCGAGUAAUCUUUCUAAUCUGCGUUACUUGGAAUUGCCCCCGAAUGUAUUUUCUAGGGUACCUGGAAUUGGGAAAUUAAGGUCACUUCAAGAACUAACUGAGUUUAAUGUUAAGAAUGAGAAUGGUUAUAGAAUUGGGGAGUUGGAACAUAUGAGCGAGUUGCGCAAAUUAAAAAUUCAUUUUCUGGAGAACGUGAAGGAUGCUAUAGAGGCUCGCAAUGCUAAAUUAUUUGAGAAGAGAAAACUCACAGAGUUAUUAUUGAAUUGGGGCAAUACUGAAUUUGGAAGCCUACGGAAGGCUUUCAAUUCUGACUUAGAUGUGAAUGUGCUUGAAAAUCUUGAACCAUACAAAAAUUUGAAAAGAUUGUCCAUAGUUUCAUAUGAGGGUGCAAGAUCUGCAAAAUGGAUGCACAAUGCCGAUUUGAUCUCCAAUCUAGAGUACAUCCGUCUGGACGAAUGUUCGGAGUGGGAAACUCUUCCUCCUUUUGGGCUGCUUCCCCACCUCAAGUCACUGUAUCUUCGUAAUAUGCCAAAAGCAAAGCGGCUUGAACAUAAAUUCCAUGGGAAUGACAAGGUUUCUGUGUUUCCAUCAUUGGAGGUGCUAAAUUUGGAGGGAUUACAAGUAUUGGAGGAUUGGUUUGAUGGAGCAGGAGCAACAGCAUAUGCCUGUUUCUUUCCUUGCUUAACUGAACUCUUCCUCGUUAACUGCCCAAAUAUGCAGGAGUUGCCCCAUUUGCCUCCUAAACUGAAGAAAAUGAAGAUACAAAACAUUGGAUGGAAGGCUGCUUUGAACUGCAAACAAGAAACCAACAACUGUUGCGGCAUUUCAAAAUCAAUUAUGCUUGAGACAUUAGAAGUCCUUUCGUGUCCAAACAUCACAUCUCUUCUUUCUCUUGGUGGACUGCAACAAGUGGAGAGUGGCAUUGAGAAAUUCGAGCUUAUUGUCAGUGAAGUUGUUAUAGAUGACCCUUCCUUGUUGACAACAGUAAGAAUGGCCUCCUUGGAAAAGCUCACAAUUUGUAAUAAUGACGUGCUGGUUUCUUUUACAAUUGAGGCGGAGCAGUGGUUUUCGCACGUUAGCUCAUCCCUUCGUGAGUUGAGCUUUAGAGGCCUCAAAUCUCUGCAGUCUCUCCCUUCCUCCUUGGGACGCCUCUCUUCACUUGAGAUCCUACGUAUCGAAAAAGUUCCUCAGCUCCAGCAGCUUCUACAUAUCCCCGCCUCCCUGAAAGAAUUAUGUCUUGAAUACCUGGAAUCAUUGCAGUGCCUGCCAUCUUCUUUGUCGACCAUGUCAUCCCUCAGCCGUUUAAAUUUAAAUAGCAAUCCACUUCUCAAAUCAUUGCCAGACCUCCCUUCCUCCUUGAAUUCACUGUCUCUAUGGGAGCUUGAUAACUUAGAGUGCCUGCCAUCUUCUUUGCCGGCCAUCUCAUCCCUCAAGCAUAUACAUAUAGUUAGAAUUCCACUCCUCAAAUCAUUGCCAGAACUCCCUCCUUCUUUGUCUCAUCUGUAUAUAAAUAGCCUUGAUAACCUACAGUGCCUGCCAUUUUCUUUGUCGGCCUCCUCAUCCCUGAACCAACUAUCAUUAAGUAACAUUCCACUCCUCAAAUCAUUGCCAGAUUUCCCUCCCUCUUUGUCUAGUCUGUAUAUAAGGAGUCUUCAUAACCUAGAGUGCCUGCCAUCUUCUUUGUCGGCCAUCUCAUCCCUUCAUUUAGAAAGCAUUCCACUCCUCAAAUCAUUGCCAGAACUCCCUCCCUCUUUGUCUUCUCUGUAUAUAGUGAGCCUUGAGAACCUAGAGUGCCUGCCAUUUUCUUUGUCGGCCAUCUCAUCCCUCAACUAUAUAAGGUUACGUAACAUUCCAUUACGUAACAUUCCACUUCUCAAAUCAUUGCCAGACCUCCCUUCCUCCUUGUAUUCAUUAACAGUAAAGGAUUGUCAUCCAGAGUUGAUGAAGCGUUAUAACAAAUAUUAGGGCUCUGAUUGGCGCAAGAUUGCAUACCUUUCUUUUGUCAGUAUUAAUUUUAUUUAAGAGCUGUGUUUGUAAUUAAAUUAUAAAAUCCUUGUUUUGUCGUUAAUUGUUUAAUUUCAGUUGU